GCCUUGGCAGCGAUCUCAUCCACAGCACCACCGCAGCGACUAUCGGCCUUGCGGACGACCCAUCUCUCACCACCAGACCACCGCAGCAUCACACACCAUGGACCCACGCCGCAUCGAGCGAGAGAUCAGGCAAUGUCGGCUCGACAAGUCGUCGGGCGUCGAAAUCUUCAUUCCCGAGGAGAGCAAUAUGCUCCAUCUCAAGGCCUCGUUCCCCGGGCCUGCUGCCACCCCAUAUGAAGGUGGCAAGUUUGUCCUGAACAUUGAGCUCCCAAACGAUUAUCCGUUCAAGGCUCCAAAGGUCAAGUUCGACACCCGGGUUUACCAUCCCAAUGUUUCGUCUCAAACAGGAGCGAUCUGCCUGGACAUUCUCAAGGAUGCAUGGAGCCCGGUACUCACCCUGAAGACAGUGGUCAUCUCGAUCCAGUCGCUGCUGUUUGAUCCGGUCCCUGACGAUCCCCAGGACGCCGAGGUCGCCAACCACUACCGGAGCAACAGAGAGUCUUUCAAUGCCAAGGCUCGGGAGUGGACCCGAAUCUACGCCGAUCCUAACACAUCCCUGGACAUGGCCGGCCUGGACCCCGGCGCCAUCACGCGGCUCGUCGAAAUGGGCUUUGGUCGCAAGGACGUCAUCGGCGCCCUCCGAAAGGUCAAUGGAAACGAGGAGCAGGCGGUGGAUGCCCUCCUGAACGGACUCUGAAUUCGCCAACCCGACCAAAGCCUGUGAUUUUGGAGCGGAGACGGGGUGGGCAUUGAACGUUGGCGGACCAGCACUCGCCUGAACUGGUUCAAAGUACUUCCUCCUCCUCCCUCAACCACAUUCCUUGAGCUGCAGCGGCUGUGCACUCACACGGAAGCAGGAUUCGCUGGAUAUCCCAUGGCCACUACUACCACCUUGUUGCCUCAAUACAUGCAUCCAUCGCAAUGUUCAUAUGCAAGG